AUGGUUGAAAGAUUUUCUGACACAUCGAUAGAAGAUAUCAUCAAUAAAUGGCUCGGAUCUGAUGAGGGAACAUUUUACAUUGAUAGAAUUCCCUUCAUCUUCGAAGGAGUGACUGAUGGAAGAUUAGUGAUGGAUAUUGAUGAAAAGAAAUUGUUUAUGAAUGUAGACAAAGAUGAUGGAAUUCCUUAUGAAGUUGAAUGCAGUAGUCAGAAUAAAAAAGUGAUUGAGUUUAUUGAGAGAUGUAACGAGAAAUUAGUUAUGAAAGAAUUGAGAGAUUUGAAUGUGGCUAUGGCAUUUUUACUGGAGCAGUAUUCUCAAAUUGUCAAAAGCAAAAAGAUAGUAUUUCAAUCAGAUGUUGAAAUGAAUGAAGGUGACGACAAUGGAGAUGUUUGGUGGGGUGAGGAUGAUAACAAUAAUAAUGGCAAUUAAGUCUAUGACUCAGACAUGAAUAAUGCUGAAGGAGCAGAAGAUGAGGAAGUUGCAGAUUGGGGAUUAGAAGAUAACUAAGUAAGUGAGAAAGAUGAGUACUUGCAACAAAUCUUAGAAGACUAUCAACUUGAGAAUGCGAAUAAAUUGAAAUUAGGUGGAGCUCUAAUAUCAUCCUCGCUACCUUCGACUGUCCUCAAUUACAAGUCAGUUUAAAUGUUUGAGAAGACCAAGCUUUAUAAAGAAGCACUUGAGGCAUUAGAGUAUUUAGCUCAUAAUGAGAAUAUAAUUCAAGGUUGGCUAAACCUUGUUGUAAUAAAGGAAUUCCUAAAUAUCAGAAUGGAAAUCGACUUGAAUUAUAUUGAUAUUGAUUCAAGUAAUGUUACUAUUAUGGGCUGGGACUUAGAAGAACCUCUUAUUAUAACUCUAGAUAUCUCAGAACCAAAAAUGCUUAAUACUGAUAAUAAUGGCCUGGCCACUCUUGAUUUCGCUGAAAUGAGAUUUAGAAGCAUGAUUUAAUUCCAGACUAUCAAUGCAGGAAACACUUAGAGUUUCGGGUGCAAUGAUUUCAUGAGGUAUGUUAUACAAAAAUUCAUUGAAGAAGAGCUAAUCAAUAAGUCAACUAAUGAUCCUCAGAAUUAAGAAGAGUAUAAAAUAAGUUAAGAUAAGCCUAAAGUUGUAGCUCCUAAGGAAAAAAAAUCUCUCUGGCAAAAACUAUUCUCAGGUUCAUCUAAACUUCAGGUUAACGAAAUUCAUCUAAAUAAAUUGCUUGACAUGGGUUACGAUUUCGAAAUGGCUAAAAAUAGUCUAAUCAAGGCUCAUAACGAUCUAGAUAAAGCAUUAGAAUUCAUUGCUGAAGAUGUUACUGGUGUGUUUUUAGAUCAAAAGUAAUAAGUACCUAAGACAAAGAACAAGAUUAUCAAGAUGAUGCUCUUUAUAACUGAGUUGAUAGAGUCAGCAACAAGCUCAUGCCUAUUGUGCCACAGUCCACUCGUUUCAGAUAGUAUCAAGCUAAGAACAUGUGGUUCAGAUCACUGUGAAUUUACGUUUGAGGAAAACUUUGGAGGAACUAUAUUUUCUGAGAUAAAGUAUAACACUGAAGAGGCCAUUCUGGAUAUUUCUUUAUCAGCUAAAGCUUUAUUUUCAUCUAGAGCUGGCUAAGUUUUUGAGCCUUUUCCAACCUUUUUCUUGAAAGGCACAGAAAUGAGAGGAAAAAGAGGGAACUUAGAUUUGAUUUAAUAAGCUCAAAAAUUAGGUUAGACUGUAAGCAACUCUAAGAAAGUAGACGAAAAAAAUAAAGAUAUUUAGAGCAUGAUUAACAUUUUAAUCAAGCUACCAAAAGUCCAAACUCUAAUUUAGAAAAUUGAGAAUGAGUAAUAGUUAAGAGCUAAGCUGAAUGAAAUUUACAAGAGUGAAAAGGAUGGCUGGAAAGCUUACAAAAUCCUAUCCUAUAUAUUUGCUACAAAUCGUACGACUAUUAAGAAGCUAGAAUUUGAGAAUCAGAUUGACUUUUAGAAAGAGAUAGAAUCUAAUGCUAAACUAGAUUAAUACAUUCUAAUAUCACAAGACCCUCACAAAGAAAGAGUUUUCAAAUCUAGAAAGAAGGAGUAUGGUUCUGUCUUCUGCUGGCAUGGAAGUUCUCAAGAGAACUGGUAUAGUAUUCUCAGAAAUGGACUUAGAAAUCUUAGCAACACCUAACUUAUGACAGCUGGCGCAGCAUAUGGAAAUGGAAUAUAUGCUUCUUCAAAUCUCUCCACUUCAUCUGGCUAUACUAUGAGAUAUUCUAACGGCCCAAAGUUUUGGUAAAACAUCGGAGCUAAUUUGCAUCAGAACUAUGUUAUAGCUAUUUGUGAGAUCAUUAAAAAGAGCACUUACAAAAAGGAUGAAAACUACAACAUAGUUGUUGUUCCAGAUGAAGAUGACAUUAUCCUUAGAUAUCUCUUCAUUAUAAAGCAUGAUUAGUACUAAGAACUCUAGUCUUUCAACUCUUUGAAAAUAAAUUUCGAGAAGCACUAUUACAAUCAGCUAAAAACAAUAAAUUUAAUAUAACUUGACAAAAGAAAAUUACGAAUCUCAAAAGCGUUCAAGAAAUACCAAGAAAGAAAAUAAGUUGAGCAAAAGGAGCUUGAAAAAAUUAAAGAGGACUAGAGCAGUAAAAUAGAAUAAGCUAAAGACGAUGAAAUCUCUGAAUACUUCUAAAAGUUUGCUAGUAAGAUUUCUGGGAAAGGAUCUCAAGUAUCUCUUCAAAGAAUAUAAAAGGAGUAUGCAGGACUCAUGAAAUCUAAUGAGUUUAAAGAUAAGAUAAGUAUUGAUUUUCAUCAGAAUAAUAUAUAUGUGUGGAGAGUGAGCUUUGACAUCAUGAACUAUGAGAUAAGCAAAGAUCUCUAAAAGGAUUUCUAGGAAUUGUAACUGAGAACAUAGUCGAAAACAUAGCCUAAGCUCUAAUAUGAAAUAUUCUUUUCUGAUACUUAUCCUUUUGAAGCUCCAUUCAUCAGAGUAGUAUUUCCUAGAUUCUAAUUCAGAACAGGACAUGUCACUAUUGGAGGAUCUAUCUGUGUUUAAAGUUUAACUCCAUCAGGAUGGUCGAGUGCUAGAUCUCUAGAGAGUUAUUUAGUCGAAAUCAUUUCAUUGAUAAAUCACGGAGAUGCUAGACUUGACCUGGGGAAUUUAUAUCCCUAUGGACUUAUGGAAGCCAAAGAAGCAUUCAAUAGAGUAGCAAGAGAUCACGGUUGGCUAAAGUGA